AUGGGUGCCGUUGGUGGAAAAGGUAACAAGCUUAUGCCUCGACCGUUCUCGACGACAUCCACCUACGCACCCGAUAGGCUUAUGCCAAAUUGCACGGUGACUACCUGUCCAUUGACGGAGGCUUCUCCUGCGACGCCAUUGAGGAUCUGACUGGCGGUGUCUCUACUUUGUUCCGGACGAAAGAUAUUCUCGAUACGGAUAUCUUCUGGAAAGACGAGCUUUUGUAUGCGACGCGCGAUCGGCUCUUCGGCUGCGGCUUUGACGGCCUGGACACGGCACGGCGCAUGGCAGCGGACGACGAAGCAGUCGGCCUGACGGUCAACGGACUCAUCGGGGCGCACGCUUACUCUGUGUUGCGCGCAGUCGAGUACAACGGAAAGAGAUUCGUCGUGCUGCGCAAUCCGUGGGGAGACUCGGAGUGGACUGGGGCGUGGUCCGACGGCUCGAAAGAGUGGACAGAGGAAUGGCUGCCUGCACUCAAGGCGCUCGGACAUUCAUUUGGCGAAGACGGACAGUUUGUUAUGGAAUACUCCGACUUCCUAGAGAACUGGAGUGUGGUCGAAAGAACAUUGGUUUUCGAUGACACAUGGGUGAUGUCUUCACAGUGGCUGCAGGUGACUGCGCGCGAGCCGACGUCGGCCUGGAGCUUUGGAGACAUUUCCUUCACCAUCUCUAUUCCAUCAGCAACCCGCGCUGUGAUUGUGCUCUCCAAGCUCGAAGAACGCUACUUCACCGAGAUGUCGGGCAACUCCAUUUGGAUGUUCGAUUUUGUUGUCUUCAAGAAAGGCUCCAAGGAAAUGCUUGCCCAAAGCAGUAUCCCCCGAUUUCAUCUUCGCAGCGUGAAUGUCGAGCUCUGGCUGCAACGGGGCGAUUAUGUUGUCCACGUCCGACUCGAUCGGCAGGUGGUGAACAAACUCACUGUCUAUACGGCCGACAAUGCGGAUUCCCGCAAGCUUGCCCGGGUGAGGGCCGAGCGAGCCAUCAGCCAGUCGAUCGCAUCGAGUAAGUUCCAGCUCAGCACCGUCCUCGAUAACUUGCCCAUCCCGCUGGAGGUCCUCGCUGGCCAGGACCUUACCCAACUUGAAGUCAAGGCUGCGGAAGCAGAAGCAGCUCUGAGGACCCACGAACAGGGUCCAGUGCGAGAAAAGAAGUCGUUUUCGCUCUCGAACACAACCGGCUUUCCACCAACGGGACUAUACAAGCGCGAGAUGACGAUGAAGGCAGCUCCGGCGACUGCAGAAGCCGAAGACGAUGACGGCGACGAGAAUUGGGCCGACGAUGAGGAGGUUGACGCCGACCCCACGCUCGAUGCUCCUCUAUCCCUUGCGGACGAGGAUCUCGGCGUCGAUCAGGAAGAGGACACUGGCCCCGGUGCCGAUGCCGAAGAGCAUGGUGGUGCCAGGCGAGAAGACGAGGGCCUCUCGGAGUACAGCAACGAUACAGUUGUCCUGGGACUCAAGGUGUAUACGAAGAAGAACGCGCCAGCCACCGUGCAAGGCCAACUUCGUCACGAAAUGGAUGUGAGCUAUGCUGCAUUCGUAAGCGUCGCCCUCGAAUGAUGCGCGAACCCCAUUUCAUGCGAUCGAUGUCGUCUGCUCUACGAUUGCUGAGCCAGUCCAGUUGGAUAUGAUCUCUUAUUCAAAUUGAUGAUGUACAAUGACGACAGUUACAAUGUUCUUCAGUUUAGCUAACAGGGCGGUACUUCCUGUUCGUCGCAGCCUU